AUGUUGUUCGCAAACUUUAACCAGGACUUUUCAUGUGUGUCAGUGGGGACACGGAAGGGCUAUUGCAUCACCAAUUGUGAUCCUUUUGGCCGUGUUUAUACCAUGAAUGACGGGGCGCGAGGGAUAGUCGAGAUGCUGUUCUGCACAUCGCUGAUAGCCCUUGUGGGUGCAGCCGAUCAACCACAAUCUAGCCCACGGAAGCUGCAGAUUGUCAAUACAAAACGUCAAUCCAUGAUAUGUGAACUUCUCUUUCCGUCAUCAAUCCUCGCUGUCAAACUCAACCGCAAAACCCUCGUCAUCGUGUUGGAAACCGAGAUAUAUAUCUACGAUAUCUCGAAUAUGAGGUUGCUACACGUUAUAGAGACCACGCCCAACCCAGAAGCCAUCUGUGCUCUCUCCCCAUCAGCGGACAGCUCCUACCUCGCCUACCCAUCACCCGUGCCCUCACCAACAACACCCCUCGCAACAGCAACGUCAGUCCCACCCCCCGCGUCAACCUCACCCCAAAACCAGUCCGGCGACGUUCUCUUGUUCUCAACCCGCUCGCUGACCGUAGCCAACGUCAUCCAGGCGCACAAAGCACCCAUCUCCUUCCUCUCCAUCAACUCCACCGGCUCCAUCCUCGCCACGUCCUCCGAGAAAGGCACCGUCAUUCGCGUAUGGAGCAUCCCGGGCGCGGAGAAGCUUUAUCAGUUUAGGCGCGGGACGAGGGAGGCGCGGAUAUAUUCGAUAAAUUUCAAUGUGGUGUCGACGUUGUUGGCUGUCAGCUCGGCGCAUGAUACGGUGCAUAUCUUCAAGCUUGGAUCACAGAAAUCUAGGGAGGGUGUGCAGGAUUUGGAUAGUGGGUAUGAGGGGUUCAUUGAAAAGAAGAAAGGCAGCAGCGUUUCUCUGCGGAAACGGUCAAUGCAUCUGACGAAGAGCCUUACGCACUCCGUGGGCGGAUACCUUCCCAACACGCUCACGGAGAUGUGGGAGCCGUCGCGAGACUUUGCCUUCCUCCGACUGCCAACGAGCGGCGCACGCAGCAUCGUUGCGUUGUCGGGAACGAUGCCCCACGUCAUGGUCAUCUCCUCAGAGGGAUAUUUCUACUUGUACAGCAUCGAUCUGGAAAAUGGGGGAGAAUGCUCGUUGCUGAAGCAAUAUAGGUGUGUGCAAAUCAAAGUUCUAAGUGGUUAG